AAUUUUCUCACAGGUUUUUACUUUUUUUCUUUUAUAAUAUAUCAUAGACACAGAUACAUAAUAUAAUUUAUCAUGGCGCUAGGGAAAACUUAUCUGAUUAUUCCAAUCUUAUUUGGAAUAGGUUUGAUUAUAUAUCAAAAAAAAAAUGUGAAAGAAUUUUUGCCAGAUUUUUAUGAUCCAAAAGAAAGUUUUUUUGGAAUACCAGGAAUCGAUAAUAUAUUUGCCCUUCAAAUUUCUUUUUUCAGACAGUAUUUAAAUGAUCCAACAAGCGUACUUUUAAAUCACACAUUAUUUCCCCUAGCCAUGGUUAAUAUGUUUAUCAUCGCUGUGGAAGGUUCAGUUCCUGGUGUUAAUGGAUUGGUUACAUAUUAUUCUUUAGUAGCUGCUAUUUCUGUGUUCGUUGCUAUCUCUAUAGCAGUUCCAUUAAUCUGGAUUCCUGCUUGGAUUAUAUCGGAAAAUCGUAAAGGAUAUUCUUCAAAUCCGGAUGACGUUACAUUAAACCCUAAAAGGGUUAAACGAAUAUGUUUAGGAAUACUUUUAACACUACCAUUCCUUAUUGGUAUGAGUAUCUUUAAACAAGAUAAAUUGAUUGUUUGGACCGUUAUUUCAUUUGUGUUUUCAUUUCUUUUUGCAGCCUUAUUCUGGGUCUGGUAUCCAAAAGGUGUUAAUCCUGACAGCGUAAAUCAAAAUGCAUAUGAAUUGGCUAGUAAAUUUGCUCUAAUACUUUUUGGAAUUUCAUUUUAUGAAUGGUUCUUAGUCUUGGAACAUUCAAUUGAUAAUAAUUUUGAAGUAUUAAUCGGGACAAUUACACAAAUAAUUUCUGGUAUAACAUAUUCCGCGACGGAUUUUAUGAUUGUAGACACCUGGGGUUUAAUCGCUGCUUCAGCUUAUUGGAUAUUCGUGGCCGAAAAUGGCAAAUUUAACAGAAAAUUUUGGAAAUUUAUUGGUCAAAGUAUUUUAUGUGGUCCAGGUGGAGCUUUAGCAUUAUAUGUUUAUCAUAGAUAUGAUGGAAUGAUUAAUAAGGAUGUUAAGAAAAAUACAAAUAAUCAACCAUCAUCAAGUAGAUUAAUGUAUACGAAUGAUGAAAGGCGACCUUUAUUAAAAUAAUUUUUUCUUAUGUAUUUUUAGCAUUACUAUAAUUAUAAAUGUAUAUUUAAUUAUUACUAAAUUGAAAAUAUGACGCGUGGUAACAUCAAAAAAAUCCAAUAAUUCUGAAGAUUACGUUAUUUAUGGUAAUUCCACAUAUAUGUAAAAUCAUACCAUGAUGAUGUAAAUAAACGAAUCCAUAUGGUCAAUUUUAUCAAUUUUAA